UCCUCCCCGGCGGCUUCGAAACCCUAAACCCCAAAGUUUUAGCUUCCGUCAAUCUCCAAUGGAGGAGACUCCUGCUAAGACGGAAGCUCCAGCUUUCGUAUACGAUACACUUACACCACUCUGUUUCUCUGAUUCGAAUCAAUCUCCGCCAAUUUAUGACGAACCGCACCAAUACUCUGUUUUCCGCAAAGAGAUUUCAGAUUUCAAGGACGAUACAGCCCCGGUGGAAUCAGCUACGAUUGAUUUCUUCUCACUGGACGUUGAUGGCGAGACUAAUGAGAACGGCGUCGAACCUGUGACGCCGGUGGUGGUGGCGGCGUCGUCGAAGAAGAAGAGUAAAAAGAGGAAGAAAGAUGAAGAAGCUGGGCAACCCAGAUUGGAGAGUAACUGGUUUAGUGAGAAUAGUUUUUCUAAGAUCCCAAUGCUUCAGUUGCAUAAAGAAAUUGUAGAUUUCAGCGAUUUCCUGUUACCAACACAAGCGGAGAAAGCUGAGCGUGAUGCAGCUGUGGAGAGUGUCUCAAGUGUUAUUACGUAUAUCUGGCCGAGUUGCAAGGUUGAGAUUUUUGGGUCAUACAGGACAGGGCUGUAUCUUCCAACAAGUGAUAUAGAUGUGGUGAUUUUGGAAUCAGGUCUCACAAAUCCACAACUAGGUUUACGCGCACUCUCCAGGGCAUUGUCACAAAGGGGAAUUGCAAAGAAUAUCCAGGUGAUUGCUAAGGCUCGUGUACCAAUUAUCAAGUUUGUUGAGAAGAAAAGCAACAUUGCUUUUGAUCUAAGUUUUGAUAUGGACAAUGGACCAAAGGCUGCUGAGUUUAUACAGGAUGCAGUAUCAAAGUUACCUCCUCUACGGCCAUUAUGUUUAAUUCUGAAAGUAUUUCUACAGCAGAGAGAACUUAAUGAGGUGUACAGUGGUGGAAUUGGCUCAUAUGCACUUCUUGCAAUGCUUAUUGCAUUUCUCAAGUACCUCAAGGAUGGUCGAAGCGCACCUGAGCAUAACUUGGGAGUUCUAUUGGUAAAAUUCUUUGAUUUUUACGGGCGAAAGUUGAACACCUCAGAUGUUGGUGUAUCUUGCAAAAAGGGAGGUUCUUUCUUUUCUAAGAGCAACAAAGGUUUCCUGAACAUGGCCCGGCCUGGGCUCAUCUCUAUCGAGGAUCCACAGACACCAGAUAAUGACAUUGGGAAGAGCUCAUUCAACUACUUUCAGAUUCGAUCAGCCUUUUCAAUGGCAUUAUCUACUUUAACAAACACAAAAGUGAUCCCAGCUUUAGGACCAAACCGAAGCAUUCUCGGGACAAUAAUCAGACCCGACCGGAUCCUGUCAGAGCGGAAAGGAGGAAAAAACGGGGACGUCACUUUCAGCAGUUUGCUUCCUGGAGCAGGAGAGCCAUUGCCUAGUGACGGAAAAAGCAAUGGGGGGCUCUUCUGCAACUGGGAGCUUGAAGAAGAUGAAGAAGGUUCGUUCCCAAGAGGGAAUUUGACAAACGGUGACAUUACUCCGAUAGUAGAUACUCCUGGCGGUAGGAAAUCGAAAGAAUCUUCUCGAAAGAAGAAGAAGAAGAGUAAGAAGAACAAGGAGGUAGAUGAAGAGGAAGAAGAAGAAACAAGUUCAAAGAAGAAAAGACGACGGAGGAACAUAGUUGGAUACACAUGGAACUACUGAGAUUUUAUUCUAAGUUGGUUGACUUUGGAAACCAGAAAGGUUAUGUUGUUGACAGAGACUAUGAGUGUAAAUUAUGAUUUGCUAUAACAGUUCUUUAUGCUGUUUGUAACAAAUUAAAAAAAUUUACCAUCAGUUUUGAGUAGCUUCUUAAAUUAAGAAAAAUACCAUGUAAUGGAACAAUUUAGAGAUUUAGUUAUCAAUUUUAAUUUAAAAAUGUUUUUGUUUUGU